CGGGUAUCGUCCAGCGGGGCAGAUACAGCAGGACUUUACCCUGGGACGUGGCUAUAAAAAGCCUGGAGUCUCGGUGUGUGAGACACAGGUCUGCACCAAGGAGAGACUCCAGGAUCGAGCAGCUGCUGAACGCUGAACCUUCAGAAUCAAAAACCAAUCAUGAAGACCCUGCUGGUUCUGGCUCUUGCCCUCGUCUCUGUGUGCAAUGCCAACAUCCUGUGGCCCGAACCUGCCAAGACCAACCUGGAGGUGGUGAAAGAUGCAUUCUGGGACUACGUGGCCAAAGCCACCCUGACGGCCGAGGACUCACUGAAGCAGAUCAGAGAGUCUGAGCUCGGACAGGAAGUCAACACCAGAAUCUCCCAGAGCGCCGACCUGGUGAACCAGUACGUAGAAACUCUGCGGACUCAGGUGGCUCCUCUGACCCAGGACUUCAUGACUCAGCUGACCAAGGAGGCGGAGCAGCUGAAGGCCCGUCUGGAGACAGACAUGGUGGCCGUGGGCGAGAACAUGCAGCCCUACACCCAGGAGCUGGUGGCUAAGAUCCAGAAGCAGGUGGAGGAGCUGAGGAAGGAGAGCGCCCCCUACGCCGAGGCCAUGGACCCCGAGGCCCUGAAGGCCGUCCUGAUCCAGAAGAGCCAGGAGCUGAAGGCUCAGCUGGACCAGAACGUGGCGGACCUCCAGGCUCAGAUGGUUCCCUUCAGCGAGGAGAUGAGGCAGAAGGUGGAGAAGAGCGUGGAGGACUUCCAGAACUCCAUAAUGCCGGUGGCCCAGAGCUUUGAGGCUCAGCUGACCCAGAAAACCCAGGAGGUCCAGGAGAACCUGACCCAACGUGGAGAGCAGCUGAAGGCCAAGCUGGACGCCAGCGCCCAGGACCUGCAGGCUCAGCUGGCCCUGCUGUGGGAGUCCUUCUCCAAGAUCAGCCAGUAAAAGGACGACGGCGUCCUCCGGAACCUCAACUCCACAGAUAUUUAUUAACAUCAACAGCUGCUUUAUUUUCUUAAAAUAAAUCUUCACGGUCACGUCUC